AUGCCCAAGCCAAAGUCCCAGAAAGUGGCUGCGAAGCGAACUCAGGUGCCGCCGAUCGCGACUCGCCUCGAACGGACGGGCCCGGGAGGAAAUAGCAUCACCUUGACAACCUCUAAUCUUACAAAUGGCGACACUGAUUCGGAGAAGACGCAAGAGCAGGAUAAUUACACUGUUCUUGAACAACACAUCCGAUACUGGGACCCCAAGGGGGACGGCAAGAUCACUCCGUUGAACACGUACAAUGGUUUCCGAGGUCUUGGGUUCAACAUCCUCUUCUCCUUCUUGGCCAUGGCCAUUAUCCACUUCGCCUUUUCGUACCCGACACGGCUCGCCUAUUCCUACAUCCCUGAUCCUUUCUUCCGCAUCUACGUGCACGGCAUCUACAAGGCAAAGCAUGGGUCAAGCACAGGGGUCUACGAUAGCGAGGGACGAUUCGUCGGGCAGGUCUUUAACAAUAUGUUUUCGAAGUGGGACAACGAUAAGGACGGGGCGCUGGGACUCAAGGAUCUAUUUGAGAUGAUGCACGCCAACCGAGAUGUCAUGGAUCCCUUUGGAUGGUGUGCGGCCUUCCUUGAACUCGGAACAACAUGGCUUCUUAUCCAAAAGGACGGCAAAGUCUACAAGGAAGAUCUCCGAAGAGUUUACGACGGUUCCAUUUUCUACAAGAUACGCGACGAUAUUGACUCGGGCAAGGGUUGGGAGCAAGGGUUCGGGCCUCGUGACCUAGGAAAACUCUUUCUCAAGAAGAUUGCGGUAUCGCUGUAA